UCCUCUGACAAAUAUUUAAUUGAAUUUAUUUUUUAUAUAUGUUACAAGUUUUACUUAUUACCUCUAAGAACUUAAUGAAUAUACUAUGGAUAUUUCAAUAUUGAAUAAAAUAUAGCUAUAAAUUAAUGGUCUAAUACAGUAUCCAUAAUAUCUUUUAUAACAUUCCACACACUUCACCCUUUCUUCCACUGAAACUGAACCAAACUAGAUCUGAAUUCAAUUGAGUAACCAAAAAUGGAAGCUCUUCUUUCUCAAUUCACCUUCCUCUCUGACCAAUCUUUACUCGACAAAACCUUCGAUCCCUCCACAAUCGAAGAUCUCAUGAAGCUCUUCGAGAUCGAAUCCUACAAAGCAUGGGCAGCCGCUGAGCUCGAACAAGAAACGGAACUCGAAGAAACGGAACACGCUAUGCAAGAAGCCGAGGAGCAUCUUGAUUCGGUGAUGGAAAGUGCCAUGGAUGAAUUCAGAAGGUUCGAAGAAGAGAUGGAGAGGAUUUCAAGAGAUGAAGUUGAGAGUUUAGUUCAAACGGCUGAGAAAGCAAGGAAGAUGGGGAAUUUGAUGGAGAAAAGUGCUGCUAUUGCUUCUAAGAAGUAUAUGGAAGCUGCUUUGAAUUCAGCUACUUCUUCUAUGAAAUCGGCUUGGAAAGGAAUUUCUUCCGGAAAGGUUCAUCCAUCUUGAUGUGUUUGAUGCAUCUGCUAAAUAUAUUUAUGUAUUUAUUAUCUAUCAUCUAUAUGUCAUGAUAAUUGAUGGGAUCUAAUUCAAUAGAAGAAAAAUAAAAGUAAUUCUGGCUUA